GGCGGGUUCGCACACAGCUGCCAGCGCAGCCUGCGCAGCUAUGCGUAUGUAGGUACAGCACAUCGCGGCCAGUGUCAGACACACUCGGAUCAGAUAUCUUUCGGUCCUUGUUCGAGCCAGUGAGAGUGUGUUGUCGGCAAGUCAUUCGGUUGGUAUGUUCAGUUGAGUUUUCCUCGCAGGCAAGUGGUGCAGUGACGAGCAACAAGAAUCGCCAAGUGCGCGUGCGUAUGUGUGUAAGUUCCAUAACGCGCACGUUUACGGUGUCGAUCAGAGGGAUGCCCGCAACGGCUCCUGGUGCAUAGUAGCCUCGUGAUUCAUUGCCUCGGCAUUCGACUUUCUCUCUCUCUCCCUCUCACUCCUUCUUUUUUGUCUCUUGACGAAUCAAGGCAUAACCUCAACGAAUUGUGCUGCUGGCGAGAGUGCAGGCCAGUGCGUCCUGGUAUGCCUGGUUAUUCGUUACAGACGAGAUGCCGUGCCGCCGCAGCAGUAUCAAUAACAGCAGCAGUCGAGCAAGAGCAAACGAGCGAUGAGCGAUGAGCCGCUACGCGGCAGCAGGCGAGGACGACGGCAUGGCGAAGGAGAGCGCCGAGGACUCGGACAGCACGAGCAGAGAGCUGGCGGAGAUGGCGGGCCCGGAGCAGCAGCAGCAGCAGCAGCAGCAGCAGCAGCAGCAGCAGACGCAACGACUGCCACCGACCUACGUGUACGCGCAGGAGCAGCAGCAGGAGGACGGCGCGGCCGAGGCUAGGCGCCAGCGAGCCUGCGUGAGCGAGGAGCAGCUGGGCGCGCUGCCGGCCAACUGGGAGAAGGCGCUAACCGACGGCGGCGAGGUCUACUUCAUCGACCACAACACCGGCACCUCGCACUGGCUCGACCCGCGCCUCUCCAAGUUCCAGAAGCGCUCGCUCGAGGAGUGCCACGACGACGAGCUGCCCUACGGCUGGGAGAAGAUCGACGACCAGCUCUACGGCACGUACUUCAUCGACCACGUGAACCGGCGCACGCAGUACGAGAACCCGGUGCUGCAGGCGAAGCGCGCGCGCCGUCCCGAGCCCGCGGCGCUCGAGGGCCGCCGGCUGCGCACCAGUCUGCUCAAGAGCUCGCGCGGCCUGGGCUUCACCAUCGUGGGCGGCGCGGAGGAGGCCGCCGGCGAGGCGGGCGCGCCGCGCGCCCCCGACUUCCUGCAGAUCAAGAGCAUCGUGCCCAACAGCCCCGCCUGGCUGGACGCCCAGCUGCGCACCGGCGACGUGCUCGUGCGCGUCAACGACACCUGCGUGCUGGGCUUCAGCCACAACGACAUGGUGGACGUGUUCAAGGCCAUCGCGGUGGGCGACACCGUCGAGCUCGAGGUCUGCCGCGGCUACGCGCUGCCCUUCGACCCCGACGACCCCAACACCGAGGUGGUCAGCACGCUGGCGCUCAGCGCGCCUGACGUGCUGGGCGCCGAGACAGCCCCGGGCCCCGGCGGCUCCGUGCCCGACCUCUGCGCCGGCGAGCCCGAGGCGGCUGCCGCGCGGCCCGCCAGCGCCGACCUGCUGCGCGGCCCCGAGCUGCUCGGCAUCCCCGUGGUCAAGGGCCUCGCGGGCUUCGGCUUCACCAUCGCCGACUCGGCCCACGGCCAGAAGGUCAAAAAGAUCCUGGAUCGCGAGCGUUGCAAGAACCUGCUCGAGGGCGACAUCCUCGUCAGCAUCAACGACGUGGGCGUGCGCGACAUGUGCCACGCUGAGGUGGUGCAGGUGCUGAAGGACUGCUGCCGCGAUCAGGAGGCGCUGAUCUGCGUGCAGCGCACGCCCACCGCGGUCGGCAGGCUGCAGCCGUGCCCGCGGGACGCCGAUGACUGCUUCAAGGAGAUCAAGGACGGCCUGUUCCGCAGCAAAACGCCCACUGCCGACGCCUACAGCACCCAGGCCAAAACCGUGGUGCCCCAGCGCGCCAAGACGCCGCUCAUCGACACGCGCCUCAAGACCGGCUCGCCCCCUCCGCCACCGCCCCCGCCGCCGCCGCAGCAACAGCACCAGCAGCACCAGCAGCAGCAGCAGCAGCAGCAGUCGUCCCUCGACCAUCACGAACAGGUCCUGGACGCUGGUUACAAGUUCGACUACGACCACGGGCUCUACGCCUACGGCGAGCUACCCUACAAGCCGAGCCUGGCCCACCUGUCCGACGACUUCGCUGCAAUGAAUCUCUCGGGUGAGUGCGCCUCUCUCGUUUUCGCCUUGGCGCGGCGAGGCUCAUUGCGCAGUUGGUCCGCAGAAGCCGAGGAGUCUCUGCGGGAGGCAAUGAAGCGCGAGGAGUGGCUGGCGGCGAACGGCGACAAGUUCAACUACGACAGCGAUGUCUAUGCCAUCGACGUGUCGCAGCAGCACGUGGAUCAUUACCCGAUGCACAUGGCAAAACAGAACGGCAUGCACCACCCAGCUACGACGGCCGCUACGGACUACUACAAGGACAUCUAUGCCGUGCAAUCGCCGCUGCACUACGAUCCGGAGCACGCGGACUAUAGCUCCUAUGCGGCCAUGAUCGGCCAAGAGCAAAACGUCGAUACCGGUGAAAUCUGGGACAAGAGGAAGGAGACCACAAGCUUCGAGCACGAGCAACCUCAUUCCAGUUCCAUUAUGCCGAGAUACGGGCAGUACGGAAAUAGCGUUGGAAACGACUUGGUCUGCCCUUCCUAUCCUGACAUUGAGUGGAUCGAGACCCUGGUGACUCUCGUCAGACAAGACACCGGCUUCGGGUUUCGAAUAGUCGGCGGCACCGAGGAAGGAUCUCAGCAGGUAUCCGUAGGGCAUAUAGUCCCGGGAGGUGCGGCCGACCUUGACAACCGCCUUAACACUGGCGACCUUAUCAUGUCGGUCGACGGCGAGAGCGUCAUGAACUCGUCACACCAUCGUGUCGUGCAACUGAUGAUCGCCGCAGCCGAGAACGGCCGCGUCACGCUUGGCAUUCGCAGACGCAUCGCCACUCAAGACCAUCAGCAUCUUAUGCGUGAUAACGUCCAAUCGUCGUCUUCCUCGUCCUACGGAUGUCGACCCGUUGCCCAUGUGCAGUAUCCAUAUGACGUGACUGUGACUAGAAUGGAAAACGAAGGCUUCGGUUUUGUUAUCAUUUCGUCAGUUAACAAAGCCGGUUCGACAAUUGGUAGAAUUAUCGAAGGCUCGCCAGCUGAACGAUGUGGCAGAUUGAAUGUUGGCGAUCAUAUUUUAGCCGUCAACCGAGUCGAUAUAACGAAUGCCUGCCAUAAGGACAUCGUCAAUCUUAUCAAAGACUCUGGUUAUUCAGUCACUUUAACUAUUGGAUAUCCACUGGAUGAUUGCUGCAGCAAUACCUCACUAUCUCAAAAGGAUGAAAUAGCAAGCGAUGCUGAUGGAGGACAAUAUCAUGCCGUGGAAUUAACCAGAGGUACUCGUGGAUUCGGCUUUAGUAUUAGAGGCGGCCGAGAAUUUCAAAACAUGCCGCUCUUUGUCUUGCAAAUCGCAGAAAAUGGACCAGCUGCAAUCGACAAUAGAUUAAGGGUUAGUGAUCAAAUAAUAGAAAUUAAUGGCAUCAAUACCAAAAACAUGACUCACACGGAAGCCAUUGAAAUAAUACGGAAUGGGGGACCAACAGUUCGUUUAUUGGUGCGACGAGGCGGUUGCCAAAUGCCUUUAGUGAAUUCUGUCAGGCUCGACCAAAUGAGCAAUCGUGCAGACGAUACGAAUCAUAUGCCCAGGAUUGAGCUGAACGAGAGGCGAUCGAUAAAAAAUCGACUCUCUUUAUCGCUAGAUUGUUGCUGCUCGUCAAGGAGUGGCCCAACGUGAAUCUCAAAACAAUGCCAACUUUAGUCGCCUUAUACAAUUUUUACGACACAAUUUACAAAUUCUAGAAGAAAUUAAAAGACUUUGCGUAUUAUUGAGUGAAACUUAUAUCAUUAUUAAAACAAUUUGUUGUUGCAUUUAUUCGGGAGAGCUACAUCCUUUGUAAGCGAAUGAACGAGCUUGAUACUUGUUACAGAGAGCGCUUCUCUGUUAUGUAAACGUAAUGGCAAACUCCAAGGAGAACUGAACGAUAAUUAAUUGUUUCCAGUAUUUGCGUAAUCGUGCAUUGCUGUAGAUAAUAAUCAUUUGAUUUUGAAAACACUGCAAGUCUCACUUCCUAAUCAUUUAUUUUCUUGUUUUUUUUUAUAAUGCAAUUUGCAUCGUUUACCUUGUCGAUAAGAAUCUCGUAUUAUUGAGUGCACAGGCCAUCUUUUUAAAACGCAUUCAGUGCUCACGUCACCAAAGAAUGCACUCAAAUGACGUAUUUAGAUUUUUUAUGUUAAUAAGUAAUACGACUGUUUUUAUAAUAAUAACGAUAAGAGCUUAUAAUCAUAAACUUUUUGAAAAUCAAUUUACUGGCAUAGGAAGUAAGAAAAUAUUGUUAUUCUUCCCUUGAAAAUGCUAUAGAAUUUAUAUUUUUAAACGACGAAGAAGAGCUUACAAGGAAGAAACAAAUUCAUUGAGCAAACGUUGUACUUUAGAUCUCGAAUAUUAUUCUAGGACACGCAUAAGCAAAAUCGGUACAUUGUUUUUAAUAUUUUCAAUGAGCCUAGCUACUAUGUAAGCUGACGGAUGCCGAAAUGUUUUCAAUUAAACUAAAUCUGUAAUAAAAACUGUGAAUAACUUAUCUAUGUAAACAUAUGUAAAGUUCUUUGUACUAUCAAUCAUUGAAAUUUGUGAGCAAUAAAAAAUA